CCGGCAAAGAUCAAAGCGGGAGGGGGAGCCGGGCAGGGCUCGCGAGCAAAGCUAACUGCACGCUCAAUAAAACACUGCCUGGCAGCCAGGGACACCCCCCCAGCCCGGCUUUUCCCUCCUUGCAAAGUGUCCAGGGGCGGCAGCAGCAGCUCGAGCCGAGUCCCCUGCGCGGGGGGGAUGAGGCGCCGGCAGGAGCAGCGGCGCACACAUGGGUAGCCUGGCGCACGCAUGAUUUAGCCGGGGCAGCACGGGGGGAGGAGGAGGAAGAGGAGGAGGCGGCGGCGGCAGCGGGGCGGGGGAGUCGUGCUCCGCUUCCUUGCGGGGGCGUGCGGGCGGCUGAGGAGGAGCAGCCGCUGCUCCAUGGAGGCGGAAAGUGGAAGCGAGGCGAGCUAGGCAGCCCGGCCGCCGAGCGGCUCUGGCUCACCAUGGAUUGCAGCCUCAUCCGCACGCUCAUCAACAGAUAUUGUGCUGGGGAAGAGAAUUGGGUGGACAAUCGGACUAUUUAUGUUGGGCAUCGUGAACCUCCUUCAGGCACCGAAGCAUACAUUCCACAGAGGUAUCCAGAUAACAGGAUAGUCUCAUCAAAGUACACAUUUUGGAACUUUGUACCGAAGAACUUGUUUGAGCAGUUCAGAAGGAUAGCUAACUUUUAUUUUCUCAUCAUUUUUCUUGUUCAGUUAAUUAUUGAUACACCAACCAGUCCAGUAACAAGUGGACUUCCACUUUUCUUUGUCAUCACUGUAACAGCUAUCAAACAGGGUUAUGAAGAUUGGCUUCGACAUAAAGCAGACAAUGCAAUGAACCAGUGCCCUGUUCAUUUCAUUCAGCAUGGCAAACUGGUUAGAAAGCAAAGCCGAAAAUUAAGAGUUGGAGACAUUGUGAUGGUAAAAGAAGAUGAAACAUUCCCAUGUGACUUAAUAUUUCUAUCAAGCAGCAGAAGGGAUGGAACAUGUUUUGUUACAACAGCUAGUUUGGAUGGUGAAUCUAGUCAUAAAACUUACCGUGCUGUUCAAGAUACAAAGGCAUUUCAUAAUGAACAAGAUAUCGAUGCACUGCAUGCUACCAUUGAAUGUGAACAACCUCAGCCUGACCUUUAUAAAUUUGUUGGUCGAAUAAAUGUUUACCAGGAUAGGAAUGAACCUAUUGCAAGGCCAUUAGGAUCUGAAAAUCUGCUUCUUAGAGGAGCUACUUUAAAGAACACAGAGAGAAUCUUUGGUGUUGCUAUAUACACUGGCAUGGAAACGAAGAUGGCAUUAAAUUACCAGUCAAAAUCACAGAAACGAUCUGCUGUUGAAAAAUCAAUGAAUGUAUUCCUUAUUGUAUACCUCUGUAUUCUAAUCAGUAAAGCACUAAUAAAUACUACCCUGAAGUAUGUCUGGCAGAGUGAUCCAUUGCGUGAUGAACCAUGGUAUAAUCAGAAAACAGAGUCAGAAAGGAAAAGAAACCUGAUACUUCGAGCAUUUACAGACUUCCUUGCAUUCAUGGUUCUUUUCAACUACAUUAUUCCUGUAUCUAUGUAUGUCACAGUGGAAAUGCAGAAGUUUCUUGGUUCUUAUUUCCUCACUUGGGACGAAGAAAUGUUUGAUGAGGACACAGGUGAAGGACCUCUGGUGAAUACAUCUGACCUCAAUGAGGAAUUAGGACAGGUUGAGUAUGUCUUCACAGAUAAAACGGGAACAUUAACUGAGAACAAUAUGGAAUUCAUAGAAUGCUGCAUUGAAGGGCAUGUUUAUAUACCUCAUGUCAUCUGUAAUGGGCAAAUCCUCCAUGAUUGUACAGGCAUUGAUAUGAUCGACUCUUCUCCAGGAGGAAGCGGGAAAGAGAGAGAGGAGCUAUUUUUUCGGGCUCUUUGUCUUUGUCACACUGUUCAAGUGAAAGAGGAUGACAGUGUAGAUGGAUUAAAGAAAGCCCAGGUGUCCGGAAGAUCUUGUGUAUAUAUAUCAUCAUCACCUGAUGAAGUUGCUUUAGUUGAAGGAAUACAGAGGCUUGGUUACACAUAUUUAAGGCUGAAGGACAACUUUAUGGAAAUUUUAAAUCCAAAAAAUGAUAUUGAGAGGUUUGAAUUGUUAGAGAUUUUGAGUUUUGAUUCUGUAAGGAGGCGAAUGAGUGUGAUUGUCCGAUCAGUGGCAGGCGACAUUUUUCUGUUUUGUAAGGGAGCAGAUUCAUCUAUAUUUCCUAGAGUUACAGAAGGCAAAAUAGACCAAAUACGAUCCAGAGUUGAGCGCAACGCAGUGGAGGGACUGCGAACAUUGUGUGUUGCAUAUAAAAAGUUCACACGCAAAGAGUAUGAUAGUGUCUGCAGGCUGCUUCAGAAUGCAAAAAUAGCCCUUCAUGAUCGGGAAAAGAAACUGGCAGAGGCAUAUGAGCAGAUAGAGAAAGAUCUUAUUUUGCUUGGUGCUACAGCUGUUGAGGACCAGCUGCAAGAAAAAGCUGCUGACACUAUUGAAGCACUCCAGAAAGCUGGCAUUAAAGUUUGGGUUCUGACCGGAGACAAAAUGGAGACUGCUGCUGCCACAUGCUAUGCCUGCAAACUCUUCAGAAGAAACACACAGCUACUUGAGCUAACCACAAAGAAAAUUGAGGAACAGAGUUUACAUGAUGUAUUGUUUGACCUAAGCAAAACUGUCCUAAAGCACAGUGGCAGCUUAACCAGGGACAACUUCUCAGGACUUUCAACUGAUAUGCAAGAUUAUGGUUUAAUUAUUGAUGGAGCAGCAUUAUCAUUAAUAAUGAAACCUAGAGAAGAUGGGAGCUCUGGUAACUAUAGAGAGCUCUUUCUUGAAAUUUGCAGGAACUGCAGUGCAGUGUUAUGCUGUCGAAUGGCACCUUUGCAGAAAGCACAGAUCGUGAAAUUGAUUAAAUUAUCAAAGGAACACCCUAUCACAUUAGCAAUUGGUGAUGGAGCAAAUGAUGUCAGUAUGAUUCUAGAAGCACAUGUUGGUAUAGGAAUCACGGGGAAAGAAGGCCGCCAAGCUGCAAGAAAUAGUGACUAUGCAAUACCUAAAUUUAAACAUUUGAAAAAAAUGUUACUUGUUCAUGGGCAUUUUUAUUAUGUUAGGAUAUCCGAGCUUGUGCAAUACUUCUUUUAUAAGAAUGUCUGCUUCAUUUUUCCUCAGUUUUUAUACCAGUUCUUCUGUGGGUUUUCACAACAGCCUUUAUAUGAUACUGCGUAUCUAACACUAUACAAUAUCAGCUUCACAUCUCUUCCUAUCCUCUUGUACAGUCUAAUGGAACAACAUGUCAGUACAGACAUGCUCAAGAGAGAACCUUCACUGUACAGGGAUAUCGCCAAGAAUGCUCUUCUGCGCUGGCGUGUAUUUAUUUAUUGGACGUUCUUGGGACUGUUUGAUGCUGUGGUAUUUUUUUUUGGUGCCUAUUUCUUGUUUGACAACACAACUGUGACCAGCAAUGGACAGAUGUUUGGAAACUGGACCUUUGGAACACUGGUGUUUACUGUGCUAGUAUUUACAGUUACAUUGAAGCUUGCACUAGAUACACACUACUGGACAUGGAUAAACCACUUUGUGAUCUGGGGAUCGUUGUUGUUCUACAUUAUCUUUUCCCUCCUCUGGGGAGGAAUUAUCUGGCCUUUUCUCAAUUAUCAGAGGAUGUACUAUGUUUUCAUGCAGAUGUUGUCUAGUGGUCCUGCAUGGUUGGGUAUCAUUCUGCUCAUAACUGUCAGCCUUCUUCCAGAUGUACUCAAGAAGGUUUUAUGCAGACAGUUGUGGCCCACAGCAACAGAAAGAACCCAGAUUAUGUCCAGGCACUGUCGGGACCACAUUUCAGAAUUCACACCUCUUGCGUCUCUGAAAAACCCAAGAUACAGGAGCAGUGACUGCAGCAAUUCCCCAGCCAGGAGGUCUAAUUCUCAUUCUAAAAAAAUGAUGUUUACGCACUGGAGAGGCAAUGAUUAUUCAAUACUUCCAUCCAUCUUUGGCUAUUCAAAUAACCGUUGCAAUUCCAGUGCAAGAUACUGCUACAGUGGGUCAGGUCUGGAAACAUCCGUAUGACAGAUCACCAAUUCAAGCCUUUAAGAACUGCAUUUUUCUUUCUUUUUUGCAAAAACAGGAAACAUGUCACAGAACUGUACUAAAAUACACUUGGCUUUUCCUGUCUGAAAUAGUGUUCAGACAAAUAGGAUCAAGAGCUAGAAGUAUGAAUCUUUCCAGGCCUGCUGGCCCCUUUUUAUGUUUUGAACUGCUGCAGCAAUGAACAAUCUGCACAGUCUGGUACUGUGAGACUGAUAGCACUAGAAAUUUUCUUCAUGCUAUGUCAAGACGUUUGUGCGUUUGUUGCUUCUGUUGUCAUUAGUCAUUUCUGUAUUACUUGAAGUGUAUAAUUUAAGUCAAUGACCUACAUUUUGAGAUCAACGGUUUUAAUUUUCAGCCAGAAGCAAUGACCUCAGAUAACUCCAGUGAAAGUCACUUAAAGAAUAUUUAACAAGUGCGGUUUCUGAUUUUCCUCUGUACUUUUUUCUUUCUUUGCUCUUUCUGUAGAACAAACUGGUGUUUCCUCUGUGCAAAUCUGCUUUCAAGAAACACUCUCUAAUAUUCACUACCUUGUAAGUGGCUAAAUCAGGUCUAAUAUGGUUUUAAGUUAGUUUCCCCUGUAGAAAGGUAGACUAAAUAAAUUUUGCUUAGACUAGAUACAUACCAUAUGGAGUCAAGCUGGCUGUCAAAUACAUAAAACCAUCAAUAUUGACAUUUCCUCGGUUACUGAAUUUAAGAAUUCAGCCUAAAAUGUCUGAAUUUAAGAAUAAAUUAACCAGUGUUCCUAUCACCUAGCUACCUCUCUGGAAAAGUGCAUGUGCAUGAUUCUAAAUUAUUCAUGUUAGGAAAUAUUGGUGGGUUAAGCUUUUUCCUGUCAAUGAUAGGAAAUAGUUGUUCAUAACCAAUCUUUUAUGCUACCCAAAUAGAAUUUUUUUAACAUCUCCAUUUUUGUUCUUUGAUUCUUAUUUUGACUUAAUGGCUAAUGGAUCCACUAUAUGUAUCUUAUUCUGAAGAAGCCAGUAUAUGUUUGUUAGUCUUUUGAGACAGAACCACUCGAUGGCAUGUGUCUAUUACUGUGGGUUAAAACAUAUUUCUGGUAGAAAUGAGUCUGACUACAAGCUGUAUGAAUUAUUUAAAGCAUUACAGCCAGCUUGUGCUUCCAAUUUCUCAGCAGCAUUAAUUUUACCUUGCACUGUUUUUACUUAGCUAUGUACUUGCUUGGUUUUUGUCCAGUGUUUUAUUUGGGGUGUAAAAAUGCCUCAAGGUUUAAUCGAACACUGAUCAAUUUUAAUGUACCCAUAGUUAAUACCAGAUAAACAAUCAUUUCCGUUAAUGUUUCUGGCAGGCCAUUAGUUAAAUGUUUAUUUCUAGAUGGAAACUAAGUAUUUGGGAUGAGAGCUGCUGCCUUUAUUAGAAAAUUUGACCGGGGUAUUGUUUGCAGACUUUUUAGUGCUGUAGAUAAGGGGGAAAGGGGAGGAUUUCAUUUUUGUGUAAAAUAACUUAGAAGUACAUGUUUUUUAAAUACAAGUAAAAUCAAUUCACUAGGAAAUGUUUCACACAAACAUUUACAGUGAUCUCUUCAUAAGAACCAGUGACCUACUGUUAAGAAACACUGGGGAAAACAGCUAGAAUUUUUAAAAAGUGAAUUGUGAAAACUUCAUUAUACCAAAGAUUAGAGAGAAGAAGAAAAAAGUCUGACAACCUAUUCAUUGCCCUAUAGAAUGAUAUUAGGGCAUCUUUACCAUUUAGCAUGUAGCAGUUUUCAGUUUCAAACAAUGCCAUCAUAUUGGUCACAUACUGUAAUAUUAAUAAGUAUAAAUUUAUUUAUAUUUGCCAUUGCAUAUUUGAAUGUCGGUCAGUUAGAACUGUCCCCUAUAUAAAACACUGGUGUAUAUAUUUUAAAAAUAUAUCUUAUAUGGGUAUACGUUUUAUACCAGUAGUAGUGACAAAUUUCCUGUGUGCAGUUAACAAAUUAUUUGUAAUGUAUUUUUUAGAAAUCUUAAAAUUGCCUUUGCACUGAAAUAUUUUUCAUACUGUAGCUAUUUAUAGAUCUGGUUUACGCAUACAUUUGUUAACACACCAUUUUUAUUAUUUUUAAAUAUCUGUUUUGAAGGCUUUUUUAAUAUUUGAGUUUUGGCCACUUAAAUUUUAGCUUACAGAGGAAUUGUGGCUGAAUGUUAAAAUUCUAAAGAAUGUUAAAUUAGAAAUUUAGGUCUCUUGCUCUAUCAAUCUCACCCAAACUACUGAUGUUUUGAUGCUGUUUAUUAUAGUAGUGAUUAGUGUGAUACAUUUUCUGCUUAUAUACUAUUACGCUCACUUUUUUUAUUCUGUAAAGCCUCAUCCUUUUCGAUUUUUUUCUCAUUUCCAUCCUUCAGCCUUAAAUCAGAAGACUUUGGCUUGAUCUUGAAAAUGCUUCCUUCCUGCGCUGCCUACUAACAAAACAGUUUACUGCAACCUUCUUACAGCCCAACUCUUACCUAGAAAUCAUUGACAGAGAUUUUAUACAGGCUGAAACACUUCGUGUUUGGGGAGUUGUUUAAAGGACAAAAUAGUUUUAUUUAACAAAGUCAUUUUUGGGAGGGAGAGAGAUGUUUUGCAUUUACUAAGUCAAAGCAGAAAUAUCUAUUAAAACUUUUAGUUAAAUAGUUGUACUAUAUUUGUCUGCAAAAAUAUGCCAUCUAAAUGAAAAAGGCAUAUGUUCUCAAAAUUAAUUUACACUUGAUACAUCUUUCCUUCAGUCCCUUGUUACUAUAGCCAACCUAGUCCAAUGCAGCAGAUGUUAAACUCAAGAGUUUCAUUGUAAACGGAUCAGAUAGGACACACGUGUAAAUGUAAGUUAUAUCUAAACAACAUUAGAAGGUUGUAUUAUUAAUGGGACAUGGUCAUUUGAUGGACUUUUGUAUGAUGAAAGAAAUUUCAGGAAGACGAAAAGAACAAUUCAUAUAACUCCUCACUUGCCUUGUUUAAAUUGUUGCAGCUUUAACAACAAAAUAUCUUCAUAACUGCUUUUAUAAAUGUAUUGGAAUUGGUAGGCAUCAACCAAAUGUUUGUGAAGACUUAAAGUAUUUCAAGCUUCUUAGCUACUGAAGUUCAUGUAUUCCUGCAGUGGCUAGUAGCAAAAUACUGGAAUCAUUUUCAUUGUAUGGUACACAGUAAUUAAUAUGGUUUGUUAAACCACUUAAUAUAAAAGCUUACAGUUUACUUUCUUGCUUGCAUUAGCCUGUUUGUCUUGAUCCCACUGGCUUGCAAGUAUAAAAGGAAACAAGUUUAAUUGAGGAACUGCACUAUUUUGGAAAGCCAGUGGGAUCAUUGUGAUCAUGCUACUGUCUGUGAACAAAGCUUUAAUGGAAAUUUGUCAAAGUAUUAUGAAAGUGUAAGUAUACAUGAUUCUACUUUGGAGAAUAAUCUAAAAAUCAGUUUAUGUAGCUUUAAUUUUUUACCAUAUGAACAUAUACAGACUUUAAAUUGUGGUGCUUCUGACUUGUUGUAUUGUAUGCAUAUACCGUCCCUUAAAAUGUCCUCAUUGUAUAAUGUAAAGUAGACUCUGCAAAAGUGCUGUUGGGAAUGGGGGGAGAGUUAUCAGUGCAUUAACCAUUUAAGAUCUCUCUAGUCAUCUGCACCAAAUACUGACAUUUAUUUUUAAAUUGUACAAUGAUAGGUGCAUUUAUCUGAAAAUAAAUCAGCCUUCAAAUCUAAGGUUUAGAUUAUCCUGUAACACUUCAUUCACCUGACCUAAACAGUCAAAUAAUACAUUACUGUAAAGUUUAUUUUCAAUGCUAUUUUUAACUUUUGUUUCUAUAGAUACCCACACAUAACUUGUUUAUAUAUACUCAUUCAUAUUUUGGACAUUUCUAUAGAAUAUAUAAGCAGGAGAUAUGAAUCUGUUUGCAAUAAAAUAAAAAUUAAAGACUGGUUUAGCUUGGUGAUAAGCAAUUAAAAUCAUUUAAGGGUCAAUAUGAAAUGAUUUCUUAUUAACCUGUAAUAAACUGUAAGUAGAUAAUAGACUAAUAAAGUAGUGUUUUAAUCUUAAA